AUGUCCAAGUCAACAUCAUUACUUUUGCUGCCGGCUACAGUCACCGGUCUGACAGUCGAAUCCCUAUGUAUCGCAUAUGAAACCGCUGUAACAGCAGCCAUUUCAUCCAUAAAAAUGUAUCCUUUUGAGACCGAACUCCUAGUAGCUAUUGACUGGAACCUUUUACAUAGACCAGUCUGUCCCUCGAACACUGAACUAUUCGAGAAUGCUCAAAAGCUUGUUGGAUGUGCGUAUAGUCUGAUCCACAAGGUCUGCGUCAAGUUGGGGGUUGAUGGGGGUCCCGCAGAGGGGAAUGAAAUGGAUUUUCGCAUAGUACUCAUGAACUACAGUGAGACUUCUCUUCAUUGUCAUUCCAAAACUUUGAAAUGGCCACUCGGACCUAUCUUCCAGUUAGAGUCACUCGCGGCUACGAAAUAUUGUUGGAAUUCAAUCUUUUCAACAGAAGACCAGGCCGGCAAAGCAUUAUUAGAGCAAUAUCGACAUGUCGAAUCUCUUAUUCAUGCAUCGUCACAGCCGGAACCAAGGCCGUCAGUGAUCCAAGAAGACACACGCCACGACUCUGACGCAAAUAGCCAGCAGUUGAAGAAACAUGCUUCCAUAGCUGUUGGUGGCUCUUUUGAUCACCUUCAUAUCGGCCAUAAAUAUUUACUUACUGCCACAUUCCUAUUGCUUCAAUUAUCAGAUACUUCUAGCUGCGCUAAACUCACGAUAGGAAUUACAGGGGAUGAUCUGCUCGCCAAAAAGAGUUAUUCAGAGCUUAUACAAAGCUGGGAGGAAAGAUAUGAAGGCGUCCUCGACUUCGUUCUUUCACUUCUCCCCCUAUCUUUUACCGAUCGUCGAAAUGCAAUCAUGGCGGCUCAAAAAACUAACACAGAUCCCGAACGUCGGAUAGUUUCAAUAAGCUUCCAUGACAAACAAUUAUCUAUUGAAUGCGUUGAAUUGCGAGACUCGUCUGGUCCGGUAGUUACAAAUGAGUCCAUCACAGCACUCGUCCUUACGAGAGAGACGCGCUCAGGUGGUAUCGAGAUCAUGCGAAAGCGCGCAGAAAAAGGCUUGCAACCGCUCAAAAUCCAUGAGAUCGAUGUCCUUGAAGCUCAUGAAGCGGACAACGGGCCAUCAACUGAUGAAUUCGCUCAUAAAAUCAGCAGCUCGAGUAUUCGAAAGAGAUUGGCGGAAAGUUCUGGGUUACGAUCUGUAAAUCCAGCAGGUAGUAAGCCGUAG